AUGGCGCCUACCAAACCAAAACAAGCACCUAAACCUGAACAUGUACCGGAACAAACUGCUCGAGCUCUCAGAAGUCAGGUUCAGAAGGGUGGAGUUCACGGCUUACCCCCAGAAAAGAAAAUUGAAAUUCAAAACAGAAUACUUGAGCUUGAGGCAGAAGCAUCCACAGACCCCAAAAAGCGAGAGCAGUUGGAGACUCUGCAGAAUCAAUUACUGCCAAGAGGGUCUUCUUCACUGAACCCGCGUGAAUCUAUCGAUCAGGCGGCGAACAGCCACGUUGGUGGUCCACAGAACGGGCAGCCUCUGUUCGUCCCUGCUGCCGUCGCAGGUGCUUCAGAAGGCAAUGAUACAACAGCUUUGCCUUCCACUGAGAGAGCUGAAGGCAGCGAUACGACAGAUUUACCUUCAACUGAGAAAGAUGUAGAUGGUGCCGGUUCCGAUGUGGACGAUCUAACCAGUUAUAUGGGCAACCUUGGCAUCACUGAUCAUAUCGGUGGUGGGCCGAGAAAUAUUAAGCCUAUCGGCUGGUUAAAAAUGGGUUGGGGAUAUCGCCUCUUGAUACAAUACGGUGAAGAUCGAUAUGCAAAAUAUCGGUUUCAGCAAGGCUCAAAAUUUCGCACGUCUAUCACUAAAGAGUACGAAAAAAACUUGAAGGACGCCCCUAAUAAGAUUGGGAAAGAUGAAAAGGUACUUGAUCUCCAAGUCAAAGCUGUGGCUUGGGUAUAUCCAGAUGACGAGGAAUGUCCGGUAAAACUCCUACUUCGCAAGAACUGGCCAAGAAACAGACGCAAUGACCCAAUUGCCCCAGGGAUUUGGGUCAAGGUGCGACGUAUGAUCGAGCCGGAUACACCAGAAGGUGGAGACACAGAAAAUCAAGACAUCAAGCCGGUGUUCAUUGACAGUUGGGAGACAAGAAACGACAUCGAUAGACUUAUCCAUGGGGAAGAUGUCACACUCGCGAAAGAACUCAAAUUUGGAAAGUUCACUAUCUUCGAAGAGUCGGAGGUGGUUCCUAAGAUCGAUGCCCUUAUCGUUGCAACUGCAAUUUGGGCAGAGACACGUUAUCAGAAGCGACCCGAAAUAAAGAAAGAGAAGAACCGUGAUGGCUCUCCAACACCGGCUCCUGACAUCAACGCCAUCUCGGAUGUGAACAUGACUGGGUGA